CUCCAACCUGAUUUUUGAGACUUUUUAACAAAAGAGGGCAGAGGCAUCACACCUGACCAUGAAGACCAGCAUCCUGUUCAUGUUCCUUUGGGGCUUAGCCUGUGCCCUCCCGGUAACCAGAUAUCAAAACACUGAAACUGAGAGCUCUGAAGAAUGGAAGGAUCCCUUGGCUCCACCACCAACACCACCUCUGGACAGUGUGUCAUCAGAAGAAAGUAAAGUUAGCUCAGAGGAACAGGUCAAUAAGGACUCCAGAGACACCACUGACUCAGAGGAGGCCCUGAUCUCUGAUGAUGGCCAGUAUCUUUAUAGAACAGCUGGUGGCUUCUCCAUGAGUGCAGGAAAGGAAGGCGGUGAUAAAGAAGAUGAUGAAGACGACAGUGGAGAUGACACCUUUGGUGAUGAAGACAAUGGCCCAGGGCCCAAGGAGAGACAGGGAGGAGGAAACUCUGAACUAGGCAGUGAGGAGGAUUCUGCUGACAACACACAGUCCAGGGAAGACAGUGCCCAGGACACCACCAGUGACAGCAGGGACCUUGACCAUGAGGGCGUGGUCUACAGCAGACCAGACAGCGAGAGUGAGGAGCACUGGGUGGGAGGCGGCAGUGACGGGGACAGCAGCCACGGCGAUGGCUCUGAGUUUGAUGAUGAAGGAAUGCAGAGUGAUGAUCCGGACAGCAUCAUGAGUGAGAGAGUCAAGGCCAGAAUAAGCAGUGCUGGAGUCAGAUCAAAAGAAUCAAACGGGGACAGCAAACAAGCGAGCACUCCAGAUGCAGGGCAGAGCCGAUCAGCGGAGUAUCCCCGUCGGAGGUUUUUCUGGAAGUCCCGCAUUUCCCAGGAGGAUGACAGGCAUGAGCUUGAGGACAGCAACACACAGGAGGAAGUUGAGGACUCCACAGAAAGCCCCGACUCCAGAGAUACUGGCCUCAGCCGAUCCAGGGAAGACAGCAGGGAGACUCAGUCCCAGGAGGACAGCAACAAUGAGCAAGACCCCAGCAGUGAGUCCAGUCAGGAGGCUGACCUGCCGUCUCAAGAAAGCAGUAGUGAGUCUCAGGAAGAGGGGGUGAGUGAGUCCAGGGGCGAUAAUCCAGAUGCCACCACCAGUAGCACAGAGGAGGACAGCGACUCCAGCCAAGAGGACAACCUGAGCGUCCCCUCCAGCUCAGAAAGCCAAUCCAGAGAGGAGCAAGCCGACAGCGACUCCAACGAGAGCCUGAAAUCCUCAGAGGAGAGCCCUGAGACCACUGAGGAGGAGAACAGUUCCAGCCAGGAGGGCCUGCAGUCCCAGAGCGAGUCUGCUGAGAGCCCGAGCGAGGAGAGUCAGUCGGAGCAGGACAGCCAAUCUGAUGAAGGGGCUGGCAGUGACUCUCAGGAAAACAGCAAGUCAAAAGAAGACAGCAACUCUACUGAGAGCACGUCGAGCAGUGAGGAAGACGGCCAGGCCAGGAGCAUGGACCUGGAAAGCAGAAAACUGACAGUUGACACUUACCACAACAAGCCCAUUGGCGACCAAGAUGACAAUGACUGCCAAGAUGGCUACUAG